UGCAUUGCUAAAACAUAAAACCACACAAUCUCAAAAUAAACUUUUCUCUCUCUUCACUCUCUGCUCCCUCUCUUCCUCCACCACCCUCUUACUCUCGAGUCUUUCCGCCUCUUGUUCUUCUCUGCUUUCUAUGAUAGUAGCGUUACCAACGCAAAUAGAGAGAGCAGAACAGGAAAUAAUGAGAAACACCAUACGGUGUUGCAUCUCUUGCAUUCUUCCAUGCGGAGCACUGGACGUAAUCCGCAUAGUGCACUCCAACGGCCGCGUCGAGGAAAUCAGCGGCUCCGUCAAGGCCAGCGAGAUCAUGAAGGCGCACCCCAAACACGUGCUCAAGAAACCAUCCUCGCCCUCCACCCAAGACGGCGUCGUUCCCAAAAUCGUCGUGGUCCCUCCCGACGCUGACCUCCAGCGCGGCAAGAUUUACUUCCUCAUGCCCCUCCCCUCUCCCCCCUCCGACAAGAACCACCGCCAGAGACCCUCCUCCGGGAAGAAGAAAAGGAAGGACCACCACGCCGAGAGAAUCCACCACAACCACAAUCUCAACAACAACAACAGUGACGCCAUUUCCGUGGCCAACUUGCUCGUCUCGAACGAUCGCUACUUGACUGAAAUACUCUCCGAGAAGCUUUCUACGCAGAGAGACAGAAGACGAGGUCGUGUCGCCGUUUGGAGGCCUCACUUGGAGAGCAUUUCCGAGUCACCGCCUGAUAUAUAACUACUGUAAACGCUUCUUCAUCCUUAAUUGUUCAAUAUCUUAAGCCUCUCCCUAUAUUAUAUUAUACUAUACCAACAUAUAUAUUUCCAUCUUCCAAACUUCAAAAACCCGUUUUUUCUAAAUUCAGCUAAACAAUUUCGUUUCAUUUUUCUUAAUCGUAUAGGGUUAAAAAUAUAGGAAUACGUGUCUGUUGAAAGAGGUCAGUUUGUAUCUGAGUAGCUGACGAUAUUGGUAUAUGAAGUAAUGAGAUGAUAAUACGUUGUGAUUUUGAGAAGUGAGAUCGUUUUGAAUAAAAGUCGGGGAUCACAAGUGCUCAACUUUACUGAUUGCCAUUUUUUUAAGCUUUCGUUAUCAGCUUAUCAUGAUUUUGAAAGGGGGUGUUGUUGGUGUUUAGUUGGUAGGGUGCAUGAGCGAUGGAGGUGUGCUAUAAUUUUGUAAUUUUCAGGAAGGGAUGAUAAGAAGGAAUUCUGUGAGUUUGUUUUAGCUUUUGAUGAAUUGUUGACGAUGAAGGGUUGGAGUUGGAAUUGAAGUACUGCACAUGGAAAAGUAGACACAGCAAGUGUAUGAUUGAAACACGGGAGAAAAGGAUCGCACUCCUGUUGUGUCUGGUUUUCGGGGCAUUCGUCGUUCUGUAUUAGAUCAUAAUGGAAGGUGAUUGAGACGUAUGGUAGAAUUUAUGCCAUUGCUAACAACGGAGUAAUCCAUUCACGUUUAUUCCCCUCGUUCAAUUUUGUAGUGUUCGACGGUGUCAGUCAUUCUCCAACGCUAGCGAGAGGGUGACGUAAUGCUUGCAUCACCCUCUAAACAUAAAUAUAUAACGUAUAAUAAUGCGAAUGAAUAAAUUCAAGGAGAAAGCUUUUCAUUUAAUUUAUGUUUGAUGAGAGAGAAAAAAAAAAUCUUUGGGGUCCCUCAGAUUCAUGGAUGUGUAAGCAAGCAGGUAGAAAGCCACGGUGUACUUGGGCAGAAACUAAGGGUAAAAGAAAUGAAAAAGAAAAGGGUGGGUUGGAUCAUGAAAAGACCAAAGCAUGCUGGGAAAUCACUUUGAGAGUGUGCUUUCCACCAAAAUUGUAAUAUCUAAUAAUGUUGCGUUGGUAAAGUAAUUAGUGGAUAUAUGUAUUGUAUUGUGUGUCUUUAAGCAUUUUGUUUUUGAGUAUGAGUUAGCAAUAAGGUUAGUGGGUGUGGCAUCCUGUAAAGGUGAUUGAUUACACAGUGGAGUUCUGGGGUGGUGGAUUGACUGGACGGCAGAUCAUUGAGCCUUGAGGGAAGCUUGUGUUGUGUUCCGCGUUCUGUUUUCUGUUUGGUUCUGAUUCUGAUUUAUUUCAGAUUCUUUUUUCUGAUUCGAACGCAUAUAUGCGGUUUUUACUCUGAAGCCCCACCAUAUGUCUGGGGCCAAAAAAAAAGUUGGCACAGAGUAAGCGACUCAAUGAGGGUCUGCUCCAUGUAACAAUAAAACAAUGGAUGAAUCAUUGAAAUGUGAUGGUCUCAUGGGAUGUCA